AUGGCACAGUCGACCCUUCCAUUGUAUUAUCGUUGUAUUGGUUUUCCUUGUGGUAUUGACGGUGGUCCGGGUCAAGAUGAGAGGACGGAUUCAACAUGGAUGACUGAAGAUGUUGAUUUGAUUACACGAUUUUUGAUUGAAAAAAACGCUCAUCCGGCUAUGAAUCGAGAUGAUCUAGAAGCUUCUGGUAGACUUUUAAAAGAAGAUGAUAAUCGCUUUCCAGCUUCUACUGUUUUUGACACGAUUGAAGAAGUUGAUCAGGUUUUGGUGACAGAUAAAAGUUGGUCGUAUGUUGGGGAUCGUUGCUGGCUGCCGUCUCGAAAACAUGUUCGCAGUUAUGAUUCCAGUUCCAUUUCCAAUGAUUGUGUUUGGAAUGCUGUUCUUGUUAUUUAUUUGACCGGACAUGGCCUCUCAAAGGAACAAAGCGAGAGGCUUGCUAAUUGGCGCCUCAAUAAAUCCAUAGGAGAUCAACAUUCACAAUAUGCACCAUAUCCAAUAUCACAGAAUAGAGACUGGCAAUUAAGAAAAUUCGGAGAAAUAAUUGGUUUUGCAGAAUUUCUGAGUUGUGAAGAUUUUUACUCGGAAUAUCAUCAUGAUUGUGAAGAUCAAUUUGGGAAUGAAAUAACUAAACCUCAUGAUUAUCAUAUUGUACUAAUAGUUGAUUCAUGCUUUUCCGGCACUUGGUUAAGUGAGCUUCGAGAACAUGCUAGUCGGAAUGAUGAUUAUCCGCAGAAUAUGUCUGUAACGAUACAAACAUCUGCGGGUUCAGAAUCAACCGAUUAUUCUUAUGGUCAUUUUUUUACUCCAUUAUUUGUGAAAUUACAACAUGCUGACCUGGACAAGUACAUUACUGAUUUCAAUCAAUUGGAUCCUCAAGAAAAAGAUGGAUUAGUACGAGAACAGCAGGUUCAACAAUUUCCACAGUUUCUUUAUGUUGGACCAAAGAGUGACGAAAGAGAACACGAGAUGGUAAUAAUGGAUGAAAUGUCACCUGUUAAACUUAUCCAUGGCCUUCGUUUUUUCGACAGUCAAGAAUUCUUUGCCUUUUUCGCUAAAAUGGCUCAACUACUAUUUGAUAUAUUCUAUGAUGAAGAAUGUGUAAGUGAAGAUGUAUUUUUUGAAUGUCUUAAACAUCCAGAUCAAUCUGAAACUGAAGAUAAAAUAAAAAUUUUUUUUUAUGAAAAAAAAAACAAAAUAAAUUAAUAAAAGGCUAGUAUUUAUUUGAGCAAUAAAAAUAUCUGAAUGAGCAAUAAUUAAAAACAUGAUUUAGCAAUAAUUUGUGAGCAAUAAAAAAAACUUUAUUUGGAGAAUUUUAUGUUGCUAAAUGUACAUUAGUCAAUUCAUUAAAUAGCAGUAGUAAUUUCAUAUUUUAGCAAUAAAAAAAAAAGAAAAAUGCCAAUAUAGUAUAUUAUUGUACUAACAAAGCGUUUUUUUUUUGCUUUAAAUGGUCUUCUUCUUUUUCUGUUUGCAACAAUUUCCACAUUUUUUUCACUAUGAUAUAAAAGAUGAAUACUAGCUUGACACUGUUUUCUAGAUCGUUUUACUUGAUUACAUCUGUAAUAAACCUGUUUUACCUUGGUGGUUAUAUUUGUCUGAGAUUUACUCAAUAUACCAUCAGUUUUUAUUUGACUAUUAGCAUCAUCUUUAUUUUUGUAUGUGUAUAUUCAAACCUAUUUUCUACUAUUUUGUUUUGUUUGUUUAUUCACUUCUUCAGUAUUAUUAGAAGACUCCAAUUUCAUAUCAUUGUCACUUUCACUAUCAGAACUAUAUUGCGCUACGUGUUGUGAUUGAGCCAUUUGUAUAGACCAUAUAUUUUAUUUUAUAAAAUUGAUAAAAUACGUAUUUGUUGACAAAGAGUUCGAUCUAACUGAUCGAUAUCAUAUGCCUGUCUUUUAUUUUUCAAACGGACACAAUAUAUAUGUGGAUAUGAUAGGAAAAAUCAAAGAUAAAAGGAAAAAACCUACACCAAGGGGGAAAACUACCUGAAUAAGUGAGUAUUUGGAAACUACCUGAACGAAAGGAAAAGGAAAAAAAAAGAAGAGAAAAGAAUACAUAUAUGUAUGUCGUCUGUGUCAUCUAUACGAUAUGAUAGAAGAAAAGAAAAGAAAUAUCCAACAAAGAUGAAUAAUACUAAAAAAACAGUAUCUGUAUAAAUAAAUGAAUCCUUAUUGCUCUUUUUGUAUAAAAUUUACCUUCGAUUUAAAUAAAUUAUUGCUUAUUCAGUAUAAUUAUUGCUCAAUCAGUAUUAUUAUUGCUCAUCCAGUAUAAUUAUUGAUCAUUCAGUACAAUUAUUGCUAAAUUUCAUUAUUAUUCAAUUAGAUUAUUAUAUUGUUCAAUUAAACUUUAUAUAUAAGUCUUAAUAAAAUAUAUAUUAUUUAGGGCAUGCCGCGGUUGAAAUGUCUACGAAAGAAUUGUUUAUUUAGUUGCAACAAGAUGAAACAGGAGUUGAAGAAGGAAAUUAAAUGCAUAUCAUCAAGCGAACAAAGUCAACCAAAAGAAAAACAAACCUGUUUGAUGAUUUGUUGUUGUUAUUCUUUCUUUCGUUUUUGUUAUUACGCAAUGCAUUGUUUUUGCUCAUUUUCUUUAUUUAUCUAUUGUAUACUAAAAAAAGCUUGUUAGCGCAGCUCCUGUGGAGGUGAAAUGUGGAACUCAAAUAUAUCCUUAAAUCUUAAUAUUCUAAUACAUCAUAUGUAAACUGAAAAAUUUCGUGUACGUUGUAGUUGUUUUCAUUGAUAAUCAAUGACAAGAGCGAGACUUUAUUAUUUAUUUCUUCAUUUAAAACAGAAAUUGUUUUUUGUUUGAGAGCGCCCUAUUUUUAUUUUGCAUUGUUGCUGUUCGCUCAUUAUCUUUCAUUUUUUUUAAAUCGUUUUUUGUAAUUCGAUAUUCUUAUUAUUAUAAUCAUUGAAUUAAUUAGCAAAUAAAUCUGUUUUACAUAUCCAUGAUAUAUACAGAAGAUCUUAUGCACUAUUAUAUAUAUUAAUCAGCUCACUAACACUGAUGUUGAUUAUCUUUCAAAAUUAUAACUUGAUCAAUUUUUCAAAAAAAAUUGAAAGUCUGACGCUUGUUAUCCUUAAUUACUAAGGUCUGUAAUGGGGGGGGGGGGGGGGGGGGGA